GAAACCUCCGAGCCCCAUUACCGGUAUCUUCUCGCGGCUCCCAAUGCUGAAACCAUCGAUGAGUGGUGGCGCGAGGCAUCGUCCAAAGAUGCAGAGAAGAUCCACCGUCUAGCACCUGACUACUACUCCUGGGGCAGCGGUGCUCAGGCCUAUGACCUUGGUCCCUCAUUUGUGAACAAGAUCAGUAUACCCUCCUCAACGACCGUGACGCCCGAAUCAUGUCCACCUUCAACCAGCCUGAGAGGACUGAUGUCCUACUAUAUCCGCUCCAAGUCUAACCCGGAGCUUUACUGGUACGCCGGUGGAAACGGUCAGAUCUGGGCCACUAACCAGGGACGCACCCGUUUCAUCUUCCGUAUCGACGCCGAAGAAGAGAAGAAUAGGACUGUCCUUGUCGGAAAGGACUACAUUUCCAUUGUUGCGGUCGGUGAGAGUAACAAGAAAUAUGUUAGUGUUAGUGACAACGGCGAGCUUGUCCUUGGUGGUCACAGCUGCCGCAUGUACUACAACGACCUCAAGAGGAACUUCCUGGCUCAGGGAGAGACCAGUAAUGGAAGUGCCUUGGUCACCAAGGUAGAUGGCCAUGGUGAAGAGUGGGAGCUUGGGAAGUAA